UUUGAUUGGCUGCGACGUUCGUGGGCUUAUAUCACUCCAGAUCGGAUGUUUCGUGAAGGAUCUUGGGUAUUGUAGUUUUCCGCAGCGAGAUAGCUUGGCUGCCGCUGCCCCGCAGAAGCCUUCAGGUCCCCGCCUGUUGCGGAGCGGCGCGCCGGGCAUCUUGUCCGCGGUUGUUGCCACCGGCCGGGAGUUGUUGUUGGUUCACCCCGAUUUCAGCUCUGGUGUCGAUUAACGUCUGCCGUCGGGAUGAAUGGGACAAGUUUGAGAAGGAGAAGAGGAGGGCCCUAUAAAACAGAACCUGCUACCAACUUAACUCGCUGGCGCUUGAGUAACGAAGAGGGCCGGCAGCAGUGGUGGUAUGUGGCAGAUGAUGAGGAUUGUGGUCGGGAACAAACUGGACUAGAGGCUCAUUCUCUGGGGCUGGAUACAAGUAAAUUCUUUCCAACUUUGCCCGAUGCCUCUACAGCAGAGGAGGCAGCAAUAAAUGGGAUGAAGUUUUAUUCAGGCCUGCAAGCGGAGGAUGGCCACUGGGCUGGAGAUUAUGGAGGACCUCUCUUUUUGUUGCCAGGGCUCCUAAUUGCAUGCCACGUGGCCAAGAUCCCACUACCAGAGGAGAGCAAGAAGGAGAUGGUACGCUACCUGCGCUCUAUACAGCUCCCAGAUGGAGGAUGGGGCCUGCAUGUGGAGGACACCUCCAAGGUAUUUUCUACUGCUCUCAACUACACAGCCAUGCGCAUCCUUGGGGUUAGUCCUGAUGAUCCAGACCUGUUGCGAGCUCGAAACAACCUCCAUGAAAAAGGUGACUAAUCAGUUGGAAGCAAAGGUAGCUAUGUUUUUCUGCCAAGCAUUGGUAUCCAGCGGAGA